UAUAGAAAUGGUGAACCAAACAAAAUCAUAAACCAGGAGUGCAUGUGUUCGCUUUCUCCGCUCCUAAUUACGCAAAAUCUAAAACUUUAUAAUACUGAUCAAUUAUAUGAUAUAGUUAUGAGGAAUGAAAGUUCUGUUUCUUUCUGAAGUAUAUGUCUUUUAUUUUCUUAUAAUGUCAUGUAUUGUCUUAUAAGUGUUUUAUUUUACACAAAAUGCUGUAGAAUUACCAACUACCAUAUUGCUCGGUUUUUUUUUGACAGAUUGCUAGUAUAGCCUUUAGUUGAAUUUAGUCUUUGCAACUUCAGGAUUCAUCUAUUCUAGCUUUAUAUAACGGUCUACUUCUGUGCUGCAAACUUGCAAUAAUUAAAAUAUGAAAUAGAAUUAAGAAAAAUCCAGUUUGUAUGAAUCAAUCAUGAUAUUCUAAGACGCUUUGUAAAACUUGUAGUGGAUGUGUUCAGCGUUAAAGUAUUUAAUUUGAUAAUGUCUUCUACUAAUAUGAAUUUAUAUAGAUUCCAUUUCAAGAGAAAAGCCGAAAUUUGACAUUCAACAAAUUCAAGUCAUGCAACCAAGGAAGAAAAUUGCACAAAAAAUACGUAGAAGAAAAUAUUAUGAAGUCAAAACGAUACUGAUAAUGACUUUGCAGCCUUUGCUUUGCACUCUAUGUAACACAGAGGUAUUGAACAAGGCUGACGACAAAUUUGAGUUUGUCUCUUGUUCAAUUUGCAGCGACUCGUUUCAUUUUUCGUGUUUAAAAUUACCAAGAAAAUUAAAGAAAAUCAUCCACUCUUAUUCCUGGCAAUGCAAUGAUUGUAAAUGCUGUGAAAUCUGUAAAAUGGACACUUUGGAGAGGAAACUACUCUGUUGUGAUGGGUGUGAUCGUAGUUAUCACACAUUUUGCUUGGAACCUAAAUUGGAUAAACUACCAACAGGAGAGUGGUUUUGUAGUCAAUGUAUGGCUUGUAGCAAAGACAUAAAACCUUUAUAUGACAAAUCAUCUAGCAGAUCCUCUUUUCGAAUGUCCAAACGUUCACCACUUAACAAUGAUAUCAACUCUGGAAUGAUCACUAUAUCAAACAGCUCACCAUUAAGUUCCCGGAAUAGAAAUGCUUGGAGCUUAAAUGAGGAAACUUCUUUGACCUGCACAAGAUCCAAAAGAAAAAGUUCACAAAUUUAUUUUUCUACAUCACCCAAAAAGAAAUUGACAUUGUUGAAUAAUAAUACAGGGAAAGAUGAUGAUGAAAAAAUGAGUUUAAAAGUUGAAAAAGGUCUAAAGAGAAGUGCUUCAGGCUGUACCAAACUUCACAGAGAUCAAAUGAAAGCAGAGAUAACAGGGAAGAAAAGCGAGGAAAACAAAGAAUUAAACAACUGUGAACCCUUCAGGAGACGAAGCCAACGUAAGACGAUUUCAAUUUCAAAUCAAAUCACGCAAACUCACACACUGAAAGUAAACGUAUCUUCCUUACCCUGGAAAAACAAUAAACAAUCUCCCAAAAAACUUGCAAAGCCUGAAACGAUGACGCCAGUGACGCAGACUCCAGUCUCUACGGCCUCUUAUAAGUUGAUGUUUAGCUCUGAGGAAGAGGAGAAAUUGAAAAAAUUAGUUACUGAAAACGACUUUGAAAUGUUUAUGAAUGCCAGAAAAGCGACUGAGAUUUUGGAUAAAAUGAAGCCUACAUUUACCAGUACAAGUUGUAAUGUUCGUAAGAUCGAGUUUGGAAAGUUCAAUAUUGAUGCAUGGUAUUCAUCUCCUUAUCCUCAAGAAUAUUUUCAUCUACCAAAAGUGUACAUAUGUGAAUUUUGUCUCAAAUACAUGAAGAGUUUGACCAUCUCAAGAAGGCACAUGGCGAAAUGCUCAAGACGGUAUCCACCCGGCGAUGAAAUAUAUCGAAAAGGAAAUAUUUCGUUCUUUGAAGUUGAUGGUAUUAAAGAAAAGACGUAUUGUCAAAACCUUUGCCUUCUUGCAAAACUUUUUUUGGACCAUAAAACAUUGUACUAUGAUGUGGAGCCCUUUCUCUUCUACAUUCUGACUCAGCGUGACAACACUGGUUGUCAUAUAGUGGGAUAUUUUUCUAAGGAGAAAAAAUCGCGUUUCAAUUACAACGUUUCUUGUAUACUAUGUCUUCCACCUUACAUGCGUCAGGGGUUUGGAAAGAUGCUUAUUGCAUUUAGUUAUUUGUUGUCACGCAACGAAGGUAAACCGGGAUCACCUGAGAAACCUUUGUCAGAUCUUGGGUUAAUAACUUACCGAAGUUAUUGGACUGACAUAAUUCUUGGAUUUUUAAAAAGUAUCAAAGAUGACGCUGUGUCAAUAAAAGACAUCAGCAUUUUGACUGGAAUAAACAGUGCUGACCUUAUUAGCACAUUGCAGUACAUGGGAGUUCUGAAGUAUUGGAAAGGAUGUCAUAUCGUUUUAAAGUCCGAAGAUUUAUUCAACGAAUACGAAACAAAAAUGAAGAAUCGUCCACCCGACCACAGGACAGUUGAUCCAAAUUGUCUUCAAUGGACACCACCCAACAAGAGAGACGAAACGUCUUAAUACAAGACCAAAAUGCUUUUCUUAACAAUUUCUUAGAGAGAGUUUUUUUCAUAGAUCAAUUUGGAAAACUUUCGUGGGGUACAAACUUGAAAAAUGCAUUGCAAUAUAAAGAAAGAUUGUAAACAACAACGAUUUUUAUAUUAAUUAUCAAUUGUUAACUUUGUUGACUUUGUAUGGCGAGGGAAACGCUGUCAGUUGUCGCAUAUAAUUUUGUUCGUUUAAAUUGAUUCUUAUAAAAUUUCGUUAUUUUA